AGAUUUGGCUGGCAGUGGACAGUUUGUUGUUUAGAAUUUAGAUUCGUUUCGCAAUUUCAUGGGUCGGGGAAAGAAAAAUAGAGCGGCAGCAACGUCGCCUGCUCAGUCCUCUGAAGGCCCUCGCCAGACUGCCGCUGGCAACUUUCAUAUUUGCAAAGCUGCCAUGAACAAGACCUGUGCGGAGAAUGACGGCGAUGUGGUGGUGGUUGCCUUUAGCAAUAUGUCUUUAGGACCAGCGGAGAUUUUGGGAGAAGAACGCUGCUGCUUUUUGAUUGCGCCCAGGAACGCGCAGGAUACGAAAAGCGUGAUCUCGCUCCUUCACAAGAACGUUUCCAGCUUUCCAGAGAUCACCAAGGAGGAAGCCUUAUUGAUGCUCCAGUGAUUUUCAGCGCUCACCCAUUUCGGGUUGAAUCACACUCACUGAUUGCAGUGCUGCCAGGUGAUCAUUUGACUGUUCAGGACCCUCCUGAAUUUUUGAGUCAGGAAUCAAAAGCUUUGACAUCAGUGGUCCGGAUGAGCGCAAUCAAGUUUACCGCCUUGGUAGAAGGUUUUGCUCGUCGCCAACAAUGCGGCUUCCCAGACCGUGACUGUCCCGAGCCUGAGCCUCCAGCUGCAAACACUGCAGACCUUCUACGAGACAUUGGCCAAAUGAGUCAGCAGUGAAGGAAGGCCUGAGAUUUACUUAAUAGAUGCUCG